AUGUUUCCCUCGUACGACAACUUGGUGGACUUCGAGCCCCAGUGUUUGAAGAACGGGGCCUUCCGCACCAGGCUGACUCCUAGCUCCCGCAGGAAGAGAGAGUUCAUGCCCGACGAGAAGAAGGACGCCUCGUACUGGGAGAAGAGGCGCAAGAACAACGAGGCGGCCAAAAGGUCCCGUGAGAAGAGACGCCUCAACGACCUGGUGCUGGAGAGCCAGGUGCUGGCCCUGAACGAGGAGAACACCUGCCUCAGGAGAGAGCUCCUGGCUUUGAAGAUGAGAUACAGCCUCAUCAGUGCCUCGGCCUACGCUCAAGAAGCCCAGAUCAUCCAGGGCUGCAUGCAGAAGUGCUACUCCCGGCACAAGGUGCUCGAAAUGGACCCGCACUACGUGGAGCUGAACAAUUCGUUCCUGAGGAACGGCUGUUGCGUUGUGACGCCCCACUCGCCCAGGCUGUCGGUGUCACCCACCGCCGAAGCGAGCGACCAGCCUGCGAACGGAGAACGGAGACCUCAUAGCGCCGUCGGCAGCCCUCACGAGCCGAAAGCCCAGCAUAACUCAAUCAGCCAUCUAGUGUAUCCCAAAUACCUGCAUCCUUUCCACGAAAAGUACCCCGACAGCAGUGCCUGGCUGGACACCAGGCCCUCGCUUGCUUCCCCAAAGGCGGCAGAGGUGGACGGUAAAAAUAGCAAAAGGGAGUCCGAAGAAGAAGAAGAAGAAGACGAAGAAGGGGAAGAUGAGCAUCAGGUUCCUAAUAUGCAACGAGGCUCUCCCACAACCGACCUCAGACUCCAGUAUCCCACGGCCCACAAACCAAACCACUCUGCCCUUCCUCACAAACUGCGAAUCAAGACCAAAGCCAACGGCGCCAAGAGCGACUCGGAGUUCGACGUUCUGGACAAGGACACGGCACAUCUCGGGAACACCAGAUGUGCCUCAUUGACAGAGAUCAGAAAUGGGGAUGUAAGCGUGUGUGGCAGCCUGUGCCACUACAAGACAGCAUUUAAGCCUGUCCUGCCCAUCUAUCAUUCAGAUUAA